UUGCUACUUUGCACAAUGGUUCUCCAUAGCGGACGCGCCGCGGCUUAUAGGGAAUUCAGCAUCGGACUUCACAGAACCACCACACCCUCGCUUCGCCCAACGCAGCCUCACGGCAGCAGCCGAACAUUGACGAAGUCGGGCCCGAACACCCAAGCAGGCGGCCGUUUGUCCUCUACACACUGUACCAGCGCGGGCUGGUUCGAAGCCGACGAGGGGUUCGACCGAUUCGCCGCCUGCUCGAUCAACACAUUUCGUUUCCACAAGCGUACGCGAGAGCACAUGCCACAGUCGGUCCGACAGGAAGAGUCUCCAUCUCUGUGUAGUUUGAUGUAGCAGUAGGCUACGCGCC